AUAUAUUUUUGCGAGUAAUUGACGAUUUCCAAUUUUACUUAUUUCCUCGCUAUUGAUAUCUUGUUUUGUUUUGCACAAGUACAAUUUAAUUCACCUAUAACUAAUAAUGGAGAAACUACUAAAGUGGUCGUUGGAGAACUCGAACAACGCGUCGGCUGCUCCUGAGGAUAAGCGUCAGAAAGCACCGGAUGCGGAAGUGUUGGCGCAGCUGUUUGGACAGCCUGACGAUGCGUCGUUGAUGAAGGAGGCUAUGAAUGUUAUUACGGAUCCGGACGUCGAUAUCGAGACGAAGGAGACUGCGUUUGAUAAUUUGGAGAUGUUGGUUGAGAAUCUCGACAACGCGAAUAACCUCGAGUCAUUGAAUCUCUGGGCGCCGCUGAUCGACCAGCUAAUCAACCCAUCGCCUAUUCUCCGCAAAAUGGCCUGCUGGGUGAUUGGCACCGCAGUGCAAAACAACCCAAAGUCGCAAGCAGCGCUGCUGAUGUACCCGCAAGCUAUUCCCAACAUCCUCAACAUUGCGCGGCGAGAUGUGUCAAAGGAGGCGAGGUUGAAGGCCAUGUACUGUCUUUCGUCCGCGAUCCGCAACCACGAAAAGGGAUACGAAUCGUUUAAGAACGCGGAAGGGUGGAAGACGCUGCUUCAGAUCAUCAAGUCGGAAGCCGAGGCGAAAGUGGACUCGGCCGAGGUUCCGGAAGACGAACGGCAUCUGUACGAGACCGACGCUGAUAUCCGUCGGCGCUCGAUUUUCCUGCUGGCAGGUAUUAUGGCUACCGAGCCUUUGGCGGAUAAGAUCGAUAUCUUGAGGUCUCUGUCGGCUGUUCCUUCUUUGCUGGACUUGUUGCAUGUUGAGGGGUCUUCUUCUGCGAUUGAGAAGGUAGUUCAGGUUUUGCUUGUGAUUGCAAAGUCGGAGGCAGGAUUCACAGAUGAGGAAAAGGAGGAGAUCAAGAAGGGACUCGAGAGAUCGAAGAAGGAAGGGUUGUUGGAUCUUGAAGAACCAGAGACGGAGAAUACAGAGCUUAUGGCUGAAUGGAGACAGCUCGAGGAGGCUAUUAAAUAAACAAUCGGUGUGUUUAUGAGUAAGAGUGCUAAGGUUUAACCGCUCAUCUUUCAUACGACAAGUCACCCGAUAGGUUGAUU